AUGCAACGCUCGCACUCUCUGCGUCAUGAAUGUAACCGGAUCAUUCUACGCUCUUGUCCCGCGCGAAUUAUAGCGUACUACCAAGACCGACAGGCCGACGUCCCUCUUCAUUCCAGCAAUGAUCAGCCCUGUGCGGCCGUGGUAGCGGACCACAGCCAUUACAUCCCCGAUAGCUUUCAACGCGAGACAAAGAGCUUUCAGGUGACAGGGUUACGGAACUUGACUGGCUCUGCCGUCAAGGUAAGCCAAAGUCUUGCCUCUAGCGAGAAAGCUAUUGAGGCACCAGACGGCGAGCAUUUUAUGGAGAUGAUCAUUGGCUAUCUUCGAUCACAUCCGGACGAUCCUUCCACAAAGAAGAAUGUCGUAGAUUGCGAUGGCAAAGCAGCCUGUGACACGAUUCAGGGACUGCUCCAGCGACAACAAAUGGAGAUCUAG